AUGGACAGCACUCCCAUCUGGCCGCUUCUCUUGACUGUAUUUCAGGCAUGUUCAAUUCUAGAGGUAUUUCUGUUAUGUCUCGCAGGUUACAUACUCGCCUGGCGCCGUAUUAUUGAUAAGCCCACUCAACGCGUGAUCAACCAUAUCAACAUCUCCCUGUUCACCCCUGCCUUGUUGUUCUCCAAAGUCGCAUUCUUCCUAAGUCCAGCAAAACUCAAGGAACUAUGGGUUAUUCCAAUUUUCUUUAUAGCGGUCACGGUUUUCUCUGCGCUCGUAGCCAGAGUCCUUUCGAGGAUAUUUGGAUUGAAGAAAUCUCAUCGUAACUUCGCUAUGGCUGCUUCGAUGUUCAUGAAUUCGAACUCACUACCCAUCGCUCUGAUGCAGAGCCUCGUGAUCACUGUAGAUGGCCUUAAAUGGACCCCAGACGACAACACGGACGCCAUGUUGGGUCGUGCACUCACGUACCUCGUGCUGUAUAGUACUCUCGGGAUGAUGCUUCGCUGGAGCUACGGCGUGCGUUUGCUUGCCUCUGCAGAUACUCCGCCUACACCAACCUCUCCCCGUUCGCCUCUACUCGCGGCUGUGCCAUAUGAUGCCGAAGGAGCCCAAUACGCUGAUAAUUCAUCCUUAUCAGAUGAGACGACGCUUAGCGAGCACCAUCAUUCAUCCAGGUUCCAGCCCACGAGCCCUUCUCAUCACUGGCAAACUCAGGUCCAUCCCACAAGCCCUUCACAUCACUGGCAAACCCAAGCUCGUAGCCAAGCCGUAGUCGUGACUUCGCCUCUCGAUGACACAGAUGACAAUGAUCAAGAUACAGCGUCACGGAAUACGGCUAUAUAUCACUCUUUCCCAAAUUCACCUGUGCGGGAAGAUGCACCUUUGGCCUCGGACAGUGUCACGCCCGCAGACUCAGAGGAUGGAAUAGAAGAUGGGGCAGAAGUUACAAGUGAAAAUUUCGGACAUCGUCGACACCGCACUGGUCUCCGACACGUCUGGAAGUCCACCAAAAAUGCAUGGCGCCAUAUCAACGCGUUCAUGACAAUGCCCCUAUGGGCUUCCGUCCUCAGUCUCAUCGUCGCGUGUACUCCGCCGCUCCAGUCUGCGCUUGAACACAUGGAAUCAGUCAAAGGCGCGCUUGGUGCUGCAGGCAAUUGCAGUAUACCACUGACGCUUGUGGUGCUUGGGGCAUACUUCUACUCCGAACCUCCCGAGGAUGACAUGCAAAAUGGAGAUCUGACGGACUACGAGACAGAUGAGACAAGGCAGGACCUCGGGCAGAACAAGUCUCGUACCUCACUGCUCAGUACCCUUCAGGAGAUGCUGGCACUCAAACGUGUACAGCAGCCGCAGCUCCAGACGCUUGGGGAAGGCAAGACGGUGUUCGUGGCGGUGCUUGCAAGGAUGGUAAUCGUCCCAGCUGUGAUGCUUCCUGUGUUGGCGAUUCUUGCUCAGCUUGAUAUCCAUAAUGUCUUUGCGGACCCUGUGUUCGUGGUGUCGAAUGUACUCUUGAUAGCAAGUCCACCGGCUCUGACGCUCGCGCAGAUAACGCAAGCAGCUUCGAACGACUCGUUUGAGAGGCUAAUAUCACGGACAGUUUUCUGGUCGUAUUGCGUUGUCACCCCACCAAGCACGAUUUUAGUUGUAGUUCUGGGGUUAUUAAUCGCAAAGUUGUGA